AGUAGAGAAGAUGACGUGGCAAAUCUUAUCACACAGACACCAUAGUUGUACACAAUUUUUACUCCGUACAGCAAGGAAGAACAACCACCGAAGCUGUGAAGGGAGAAAGAGCUAAGGAAACGGUUCCAGAGAGAGAGAGAGAUAGUUAUGUUGAUAACGGUUAGAGAAGCUUCUUCUUCCUCUCCACUCUGCUACUCUUCCUUAUCUCAUAAUAACAAUCUCUGUUCUAAGCCCUCUCUCAGACUAAGAACUUCAUCACUAUGCCGUGCCAGCUUGAAUCUUCACAGAAAACCUUACAACACCAAUUCAUGGAGCUUUGGCCUUCAAUCCAACAGCUCUGAAGGUGCAGUUUUUGAUCCCUUGGGUAUCAAUCCAGAUGUAUCUUCUGGUUUGAAUACAGCUUGGGAAGGUUUUGUUGGCUUGGUAUCCCAAACAUUUGAGAGUACUUCUGGUACAAAAAAUGAGAAGCCCUCAGCUCGAGGAAUGGCAGCUGCAAUGGAGGAUAGUUCCAUAGAUUUUGGUGACUUCUUCAAAGGCCCGUUGCCCGGGAAGUUUCUCAUGCUUUUAGGGUACUUGGCCCUCUCUCGACUUGGUAUAUAUGUACCUCUCGGCGGGGUUAAUAGAGAAGCUUUCGUAGGAAACUUGGAUCAGAACAGUUUAUUAAGCACUCUAGAUUCUUUUUCUGGAGGUGGUAUUGGUAGACUUGGGAUAUGCUCACUUGGCAUUGUUCCAUUCAUCAACGCACAAAUUGUGUUCCAACUUCUUGCACAAAUUUAUCCUAAACUACAGGAUCUUCAGAAGAGAGAAGGGGAAGCAGGAAGAAAGAAAAUUCUUCAGUAUACUCGGUAUGCUUCAGUUGGGUUUGCCGUAGUACAGGCCAUUGGUCAAGUGUUCUUCCUUCGGCCUUAUGUGAAUGACUUCAGUACAGAGUGGGUUCUAUCAUCUGUUACAUUAUUAACACUUGGUUCAGUACUAACAACAUACAUUGGGGAGAGAAUCUCGGACCUAAAACUCGGGAAUGGCACAUCACUUUUGAUAUUCACAAGCAUUAUUUCCUAUUUGCCAGCAUCGUUCGGUAGAACUAUUGCACAAGCUUUGCAGGAUGGAAAUUAUGCUGGACUUGCCAUCAUCUUUGUCUCUUUCUUUCUAUUAGUCUUUGGAAUUGUAUAUGUUCAGGAAGCAGAGAGGAAAAUUCCAAUUAACUAUGCCUCAAGAUACACCAGUAGAAGUGGAGGGCUUGAAAGAUCUGCUUAUCUACCCUUUAAGGUAAACAGUUCGGGAGUUAUGCCAAUUAUUUUUUCCACGUCGUCUUUAGCUCUUCCCGGUACAAUAGCUCGGUUCACUGGUUUAUCAGCAUUAAAGAAUGCUGCAUUGACUUUAAAUCCUGGGGGUUCGCUCUAUCUUCCCACCAACAUCCUAUUGAUAGCCUUCUUCAACUACUACUACACUUUCCUACAGUUGGACCCUGAUGAUGUUAGCGAGCAGUUGAAGCGUCAAGGUGCAUCGAUUCCACUUGUACGACCGGGAAAGAGUACAGCCGCCUUUCUUAAAACGGUCCUAAGCCGAAUAUCAGUGCUCGGUUCAGGUUUUCUGGCGGUCUUGGCUGCAGGUCCUGCAGUAGUGGAACAAGUCACUCACCUGACUGCAUUUCGAGGAUUUGCAGGCACUUCGGUUCUCAUUCUUGUUGGUUGCGCAACAGAUACCGCAAGAAAAGUUCAAGCCGAGAUCAUAUCACAGAAGUACAAGAACAUAGAGUUUUAUGACUCUAACAAGUUUGGUCCAUAGAAGACAAGAACUAAUUUGGCUAUUGUGUAGUUGUACAUCUCUGUAUGAAAUAUUUAAUUAAUGGAAUUGUGAUUCUCAAA